AUGGAAACUACUAAGAAUAGAUUGGAUGACGAGGAAGAAAGGCGCAAAAGUAUGCUUAGUACCUGGCGGCCUGUGCAGCUUAAGACCCAAGUGAAGUCCGUGCUUGAUGUCUUUGUUCAUGUAAAAGACCUUAAUUUGUCUUCGAUUGUGUUUUCCACUAUCGCCAAGGACAUGAAGUUCUUUAUCAGAAGUUUGGGCGAGCUGGGCUCGCUACUAGCCGAAAUUAUCUAUCGAGAAAUCAAAACCGGCAAUAUGCAGAAGGAGCACAAGCGGCAGGUCAAGCGCCGCCGGCUGAUUUGGCAAAUACGGGCUAUUUUUGAUCAUCUUUCAACAUCCGAUAAUGCCUAUAUACUAGGGCGGCAGAAAAGUCAGCAGCUCAAUUUCUGGAAUACAACAGUGCGCUAUCUAAAGACCCAUGGCACGCCUGUCUUUGAGGCGUAUCGCUAUAGGAUGGCCAUGCUCAAAGAGGCCCAAAUCCAACAAGAGAAAGCACAGAGCCGUCUGCUGGCUUGUCACCGUGCAAAAGGAUGCUGUGGCGGGAAGAAACAGACCCGAAGCCGGCCAGCAACAGCUCGAAUGGUGAUACCGACCGUGCCCGAGGCGCCACAAGCAAACCGGCUUCUAUUUUCUACUCGCGGGCACAUUAACAAAGACAUUCAGCCUUUUUCGCCUUCUUCUAACUGGCGGCUGCAAUACGAGGUUUACUGCGCCCAGUACUACGAUCUGCUCUACAAAGAGCGAUACAAUGAACACGGGCCGGUGCUCGAAACGGGCAAAGAAGCUAUGCUUUAUAACCACUACAUAUCGUAUUACAACCACUUUAUGUCUAAGUAA